AUCCUUUGACACGUGCAGCAGGAUGGCGGAAGAUAGCAGCGCCCAACAGGCGGGAAGUUCUUACUUUACCCAUGAGCCACCGCCAAAAGAUCUGAAGACGAAUACGACGCUCGCACGCGAGUUCAUCAAUCGCCAUGCCAACGAACUACAUCGUGUCGUGCUCGUCACAUCAGGCGGUACUACCGUGCCCCUAGAACAGCAAACGGUGCGCUUCAUCGACAAUUUCUCUGCCGGGACACGCGGUGCUACCAGUGCCGAGUACUUCCUGCAAAAUGGCUACGCUGUCAUAUUCCUGCACCGCCAAUUUUCACUACUUCCAUACUCACGGCACUACUCACACAACACACGGUCUUUCCUUGACUACAUGAAGGAAGAAGAUGGACGUGUCACUGUUGAUGAGCAACACCAGGAGCAGAUGCUGCGCGUGUUGCGUCAAUACAACGAGGUCAAGCGCGACAACAAGCUGCUCAUUCUGUCGUACGUUACCAUUACCGAGUAUCUGUGGAACUUGCGCGAAGUCGCCCAACUGAUGCAACCGCUUGGGCCGAAGGCCAUGUUCUACUUGGCUGCUGCUGUAUCCGACUUCUUCGUUCCCCGAGACCGUAUGGUUGAGCACAAAAUUCAGUCCAACGAAGAGUUCCUGCAAAACGCUGAGUCCAGCGGCCACGGCAAACCUCCGGCCGCCCGCACCGAGGGCCGUAGUCUUGUCAUCGACUUGGAGCCUGUGCCUAAGUUCCUGAAACAGCUUGUUGACGGCUGGGCUCCGGAGGCCAUGAUCGUGAGCUUCAAGCUUGAGACGGAUCCUUCUAUACUUGUCAAGAAGGCGCAAUAUGCUCUGAACAAGUACUCUCACCACCUUGUCAUCGGUAAUCUCCUCCUUACUCGAAAAUGGGAGGUCGUCUUUGUCUCCGUCCUAGAUGGCGAAAAAUGGAUCCGAGUGCCGUCCAGCCGCAGGACGAAGAGCUUCUCUGGUAUACAGUCACUCGUCGGCUCCGCAGACCCUUUGACAGUGUCUGACGCGGUAGAGACUGAUAGGUCGGUUAGUGACCAGGGCGGCGUUCCACAAGGCGAACCAGCUGUGGAAAUCGAGUCCUUGAUCAUUCCAGAAAUCGAGACCAUGCACACAAGACUUAUAGAACAAGCUCAAACAAGAGCUGAGGCUUCAUAGCAUCUACACUUAUGUUGUAGGCUUAGAAUGAGAUUUGCCAAUUGAUGAAUACAUGUCAAGAUGUGCCUACAUGGAGUCAUACACUUACGGCUUGCUUGAGCAGCUGUCUUUUUCCAAUCCAUCGCCAGACAUGGCCAUCGAUCAAAUCGCACACUUCCAGCGAUGAAGAUGGAACCAGACUCCAGUAAUUCGGGCCCAGUGUGCUCCAACCAUUCUUCGACACGAUCCACACCGUCAUGCAAGGCCAGGACAGUGUCUCAGUUGCCCGCAGUGGCAGUACAGACCGACGCUUCGACGCUUCUCGUAAUUCCCAAUACCAGGUCGUCCAAAACUCUAGUG